AUGCAGGACGACCGACCGGAUUCAUUUCUCGACGUCGGCGACACGUCAAACUUGGAAUUUUUGGAUGAAGAACAACUGCUACAGUGGUUAAGGAAUCGUUACGCAGAAAAGAUUAUCUAUGGAUACGUCGGCGACUCACUGAUUGCGGUAAACCCGUGUGAACAGCUGCCGUUGUACUCCAAGCAGAACCAUGACGAGUACACCGGGCUCAGUGUGCGCAGCGCGCGGCCCCCGCACGUGUUCUGGGUGGCCGACCACGUGCACCGCUCCCUGCAGCACACACAGCACCAGUGCGUCGUCGUCACCGGGGACUCGGGCUCUGGCAAAACCGAGAACACGAAAUUUAUACUGGAGCAUCUCGUCCACCUCGUACACACAGACUCACAACUCGUUCACCGAUUAAGUCAGGCGAAUUCUCUGUUGGAGAUCUUCGGGAAUGCUGCGACAGUGCUGAACCGGAACUCGAGUCGGUUUGGGAAACUCGUCGAGCUGGAGUACGACUCGUCAGGGGGACUUUACUCCGCCCGACUGGAGUGUUUUAUUCUGGAGGAGUUCCGCGUGACGUGUCGCCACGCCCACGAGAAGAACUUCCACGCGUUUUACUGUCUGUUCGCCGGCCUCUCCCCCCACCAGAAACACGAGCUGCAACUGGAGGACGACGCCUCGCAGUACAGAAUUGUGCAGCCUGCGAGUGGUGCCGAGGAUGUGUACAGAGACCAGAGUGAGUACGAGAUGUACAGACAACAGUUCCACCACCUGCACGCCAUGCUGCAAGACACGGGGUUCACCGCUGAGGAAAUGCAGCACCUGUACCAAGUUAUGUCAGCCGUUCUGCACAUCGCCAACGUCUCGUUUGACGUGCACGAGGACGACGACCGAGCAACAAUCGCCUACGACGAGUCAGAGGAAGACGUGGCUAGAGCCUGUCAUGUCCUCGGCUUGGACAACUGGGAAGAACUCGCAGAAGCCUUAGUUUCAGUUCAAACGUUUGCUGGAGGUGAGCCUGUGACGAAGCACAAGUCGGUGCGUCAGGCGAGGGAUGGGCGUGACGCCCUGGCCCGGGAGUUGUAUGCGUCACUCUUCUACGGCAUCACCGACAGAAUCAACACCAAGCUGGAGGAAGUGAUGGACGCGGGCAAGAAGAGAUCGACCAGGCAGAGUAACAACGCCUGCAUUCGGUUACUAGACAUAUUUGGCUUUGAGAAUCUGCAGCACAAUGGAUUUGAACAGCUGUUCAUCAACUCGACCAAUGAGAAGAUUCAUCAGUAUUAUCUGCAGUAUACCAUUCUCCGUGAACGCCGGGACUAUGCUGACGAGGGCGUUCACAUUCAUGACGUCACGUUCAAGGACAACUCUGCUGUUCUGAGCCUCAUUUUCGAUAAACCCAGUGGAAUCAUCCCCCUUGUUGAUGAAGAAUUAUCCAUCCCAAAGUCUUCAGAUGAAAGUUUCUUAGCGAAGUGCAAUGCUUACAACUGUAAGAAGAGCGCAUACAUGACGCACAAACAGUCGCAUGGACGACUCCUCUUUGGAAUUAUCCAUUACGCUGGGGAGGCGGUGUAUGAUGCUGAACACUUUCUGGAGAAGAACAGUUCUACUUUACCAAACAGUCUGAGAAACGUCGUGCAGGGAAGCAGCAACACGUUCGUCCACGAUUACUUCCUGCUGGGAAACCGAUCCACCCAGUCCAUCCAGCGAGCUGGGCGAGGCUCAAUGAGGGGGAGCAUGCGUCGAGGCAGAGCCACAUCGACUCCGUUUUCUGCGAAUUACGGACCGGAGAGAUCCACAGGAAAACUAACAGGCAAAGCGACAGACCACUUCCAGAAUUCAUUGAGACAUAUGAUGUCCAAACUACAAACAGCUAAGCCAGUGUUUGUCAGGUGCAUUAAACCGAACAUGGACCUGAAACCUGCUCACUUUGACUCCCGGCUGGUGAAACAGCAGUUACAGAGUAGUGGGCUGCUAGAGGUCGCCACCAUCAGGAAAUACGGCUAUCCAAUCAGAAUACAGUUUGAGGAGUUUGCCAAGAGAUAUUCUGCUAUUGUGGAUGGACGGGUAGAAGGUGGUAAGGACCAGUGUAAGGCAAUACUACACGAGGCUGGUGUUUCAGAGUACCAGCUGGGUAAAUCCAAGAUUAAGAGAGAAAGGCUGCCGAAAUGGAGCGCGAGGAGCGCAGCAGAAGGAGACCAGAACCGAAGGAGAGGGGAUGGCUCGGAGGAAAGCAAAAAGGCGAUGGAGAUGGCCGGACCAGCGAGGAUGCAUCUACAGCGAUGGAACAGGAACAGAACAGCAAGGACAGAAACUACAGGAACAAUUAACAGAACAGAAAUGGACUCUGAACGAGGGGUGAAGGAGGUCGGCUGGAGAACGGAGAAGGGGGAGUGGAGAGAAAACAGCGAGGGGAGCCAGAACAUGCAGGAGCCAGGCAAGGGGGUACGGAGAAAAACGGAGGACGCCGACAGUCUUUGGCCGAAGGUUUCGGAAACCAGAGACAGGAAUAAAACACCACCGAAAACAAUCGUCGAGACGAUAUCGCCAAACUGCACGAUAUACUACCAUAAGAGUAUGUUCUGUUCUCAUUUGAGAGCUUUCAAUGUGACGUGUAAGAGUAUGUUCUGCUGUCAUUUGAGAGCUUUCAAUGUGACGUAUAAGAGUAUGUUCUGCUGUCAUUUGAGAGCUUUCAAUGUGACGUAUAAGAGUAUGUUCUGCUGUCAUUUGAGAGCUUUCAACGUGACGUAUAAGAGUAUGUUCUGCUGUCAUUUGAGAGCUUUCAAUGUGACGUAUAAGAGUAUGUUCUGCUGUCAUUUGAGAGCUUUCAACGUGACGUAUAAGAGUAUGUUCUGCUGUCAUUUGAGAGCUUUCAACGUGACGUAUAAGAGUAUGUUCUGCUGUCAUUUGAGAGCUUUCAACGUGACGUAUAAGAGUAUGUUCUGCUGUCAUUUGAGAGCUUUCAACGUGACAGCUUUCAACGCCGCUGUGAUCACUGAACGGGAGUUUGAGAAUGACAACGAGACUGAGAUGAAGUUUCGCCGUUUUUCCCGCUGUAUUAUGUACAUGCUGAUUUUUGUUCUCGUGAUCGCCAGUGGCUCAGCCAGUCGAAUAUCGCUCAUCUGGCUGGCUAAGAGCGUCAACCAGGCUAAAGGUCCCCAAGUGUCAACCAUGGCCACCAUGCUGAUAUUGUGUCAGGCUGUCCCAAUACUGGUGUCGUGGGUAUCGACAGUCAUCAGGUCGAUGUUUGGACGCAAGGAAUGGCCCACACUCAAAGGCUUAUCACUGAUAUGUCUCAUCGACACACUUCAAACUGCUUCGAGAAGCGUCCUGUUAUUCAAAGUGUUUCCGACCAUCCACCCACUACAGAGCAUCGUUCUGAGUUUGGCAGUGUGCCAAGUUCCCGCUAUUAUGCAGUUGCUGUGGCUGUUUACAUACAACCACCGUGACCCAGUGUUUCCGGAUGUGAGUCUCGUGCUUGGACGACGAAAUGAUGCUGUAGAGAAGGUGGAGAGACACAGACACGCGAAACGGGCCCCGGGUGAGGAGGGAGAGGGAAAGGAGGGGGAGGAGGAAGAGGAGCAGCCGACAGUGUACAUCUGUCCAACACUGUGGCACGAGACCCGACAGGAGAUGGUCCAGCUCCUCAAGUCACUCUUUAGGCUGGACUUCGAGCUCUGUGCUAAACGAAUUGCGAAGAGAAAGUUGGCAACCGAUAUACUCGACAUCUAUAACGCUGAAAUUCACGUGAUGUUUGACGACGCCUUCCUGACGCACGAGGACACACAGCAGCGAGUGGUCAACGAGUACGUAGAGCUGCUGCUCGAGGUGAUGCCAGGCGCAGCGUCAUCCAUCGCUAAGGGGCGAAUAGACCUGAAGGCACCUGACAAGUUGAUCACACCGUACGGAGGGAGACUGGAGUGGGAGAUGCCAGGAGGGACAAAACUGAACGUUCAUCUCAAGGAUAAGGAAAAGAUCAAACACAAGAAGAGAUGGUCUCAGAUUAUGUACAUGUAUUAUCUGUUGGGCUUCAAAUUAUUCCGUGACUAUGAAACAGUGGAUGACCUGCUUAAUGGUCGUUCGAAAACAGACGUUGGUAGACGAGUUAAAGACAGAAAGAAGUCUAAACACAGAGUUAGGCCAUUCACGUCCAUGCUCAACAAUCUGCCACGUGAUGUGGUGCAGAAGGCAGACAAUACAUUUGUCAUGUGCCUGGAUGGUGACGUAGACUUCCGUCCAGAGGCGGUACAGCUUUUGAUUGACAGGAUGAAAAAGAACAGAAAGGUUGCGGCGGUAUGUGGUCGCAUACAUCCAAUCGGAGACGGGCCGAUGGUUUGGUACCAGCAGUUCGAGUACGCUGUCGGCCACUGGCUGCAGAAAGCUGCCGAGCACGUGUUCGGCUGUGUGCUGUGCUGCCCCGGAUGCUUCAGUCUGUUCAGAGGAUCUGCUCUCAUCGAUGACAACAUCAUGAAGAUGUACGCCACGGAGCCGACAGAAGCUCGUCAUUACAUUCAGUACGAACAAGGUGAGGACAGAUGGCUGUGUACGCUUCUUCUGCAACAAGGAUACAAGAUUGACUACUGCGCAGGAGCCGACUCUUACACGUAUGCUCCCGAAACAUUCAACGACUUUUACAUCCAGAGGCGAAGGUGGUCACCCUCCACUCUGGCUAACGUCGUUGAUCUGAUCGGCUCUUGGAGGACCACUAUCAAGAUGAACGACAACAUCAGUCUCCUGUUCAUGAUCUACCAGUUCCUGCUGCUCGCCUGCAGCGUCCUGGCGCCAGGUCUGGUCGUGUACAUGAUCGCUGGCUCGUACAACGAAGUCCUCGGCAUCGACAUGUGGCAGGCAUAUCUCAUGUCCGUCGUGCCCGUGUUGCUGUACAUCAUACUGUGUCUGAAGGCGAAGACACAGACGCAGGUGGCAGUGGCAGCCAUCAUGUCGUCCGUGUACGCCAUUGUGAUGGUGAUCGUCGUGGUAGGACAAAUAAUGAAGACAGUGGAAGAGGGGACAGUCACAACACCAAGUGUCCUCUUCAUGGUCGCCAUGGGGGUUGUCUUCGUGACGGCGGGUUUAACACAUCCCAAGGAAAUACUAUGUCUACCACAUGGUAUUUUGUAUUACUUCACAGUGCCUUCAACAUUUGUGUUCUUGACCGUAUUUUUCUUAUGCAAUCUACACGUUGUGACAUGGGGGACACGAGAAUCCCCGAAAACUGCCAACGCAUCAGAUCUUGACACAUCAGUGGUUUCUGUGGUCAAGAAAGGAAGAAUCGGGAAGUGGUUGGAAUCCUUGGGACUAAGAACUGUGUUAGAGGAUUUGAAAACAUUCGUAAGACAAACACUGGGCUCUCGAACUUCGGCAUCAACGCCAAAUAACUGUAUCACGCCUGCUGGAACAUCAACACCUUGUCAAGCAGUUGUAGUAGAAGAACUUCGAAGACCUUCAAGACCAACAAAACAGAAAGUCUUCAUCAUUAAAGAUCCUAAACACUGGGCAAAACAUUUACCAAGCCAAAACCCAGAUUCAGAUGAUAUAAAAGACAUAGACGAUGAGGAAAAACGAUUUUGGAAUGUUAUUAUUGAGGAGUAUUUAAAACCACAAAAACAUAACAAAGAAAGGCAAGACAAGAUUAAGGCAGAUUUAAUCAGUGCUCGCAACAACAUAGUAUUCGCAUAUUUUCUGAUAAAUUUGCUGUUUACGUUGUUGAUACUCCAGCUUCAGAUGAAGGAAAACCUAUUGAGGGAUUUAUUCUUCAUAGCAGGCAAAUACGAGCCUUUUUCUGUGGUGUUUCUGUCAUUCUUUUCUCUGCUCGUGGCAGUACAGUUCUUCGGGAUGUUAGCGCACCAGUGGGGAACGUUCCUCCAUCUAAUAGCCAGCACCAAAUUGAGACUGUGUGUGAAGGACGACGACGACCAGAGUUCACUGGACGCUAUUCGCGAGGCCAAGAAACUCCAGAGUGUCAUGGUGGACGACGUCGACAUGAUGUCACCCCACUACGACAGUUUUGAUGAAGACGAAGACGACGACGAUGACAGAACAUCGGGCCAGGUAUCAGAAGGCCUGAUGUCUACAAUCGAGGAAGAGGCUGAUUAUUCGAGCGACGAGACCGACAACGUUCAGACCAUAACACAGUAUGAGAAGAUGUUUCAGCAGCGGUACAGGACAGUGCGACACAAGCUCAACAGGGCGCAAUACCAGCAGCGCCGGCCCUCCAUCUCGAUGUCUCGAGAACAGGUUGAAAAUCAGCGCCGCUUCAAUGUCUAUAACAGGAGACGCAACAGCAUAAGGCCUGACGGUCUACGGCUCGACUCUUUCCGUCGGGGGUCAGUCAGUGACGAGAUCACACCAGACUACGACAUAGUAUGAAACAUUCUAGUAUUUAUUCCAGAGGAAAAGUAAAUUGUCCAAACUAUCGUUUGCUAAACUAGUUUUUGAGAUAGUUGAUAUCAUGGACGUUGGUGUGUCAAAGUUGGCCAUCACUGGUUGCCAAGUAUAGAAGCACUGUGUAUUCUUACACACUGUAUUGUACUGCAGCAGUGUGUCACCGUAUUUAUUGCUAACACAAGACAAAAUUACAAAAUGAAGAUAUGUAUAAUAUGCAUUGAUCUGUGAUAUUUUAAUUCAUAUUUUUAAUAUAUAUAUUUCCCCACACCUGUAUGAUAUACCAGGUGCAAUGGGUACGUGGGAUCGAUCGCCCUCCGUGUACGUACCAUCGCCCGGACUGAUACACCUAAAGCCAUGGUAUGUACAUGCACUGUCUAUAAGAAAAAAAAAGAGUCCAUGCUGCCUUUUUGUUAAAAGUAGCCCCGUCUUGUGACAGCGGGUUUCCUCAGUUCAUUAGUCCCGAUCACGUAUAGGAAAACAAAACAAAACAUGUUACACCAAAUAACCGUAAAAUUUUAAAUGUGCUGAGUUGUCGGUAAGUAAAAUACUAAUUUCCCGGCCACGUCCUUUGAUAUACUAAUCUUGUCUUAUCUCCCGUGACAGAACACCAAGGGGAUCGAUCCUGCGAGACCUCGCACCUCACAUGAACGCCUACCACUAAAUCAUAUUCCUUCCCGGUCUUUCAAAAAACAUUGUCCAUUCCAACUAGUUUGCUUAUUCUCUUGUGGAUGUUAAAUAAUCUUUUGAACGUUUAAUUUAAGGUGAUUUCAGAAAAAACAUUUUUUAAAGUUUCAUAAUGUUUUGUUUAAAAUUUUAAACAAGUAUAUCAGGAUUUAAGCUGUAGCCAAAACAGUAUUUGUGGAAUUAAUUCGGAAAAUGUGCAGAAAUAUUCAACUUUCAUUUGUCCAAACGGCUAAAAUGGCGAUUUUCGAAUUACAGUUUUAUCCAAUUUACAAUAAAAUAAAUUCACCAAAUUCAACUUUAAUUGGCAUUUGGUGAUUUUGCGAACAUCUUAAACCUUGAUACAUGUAAUUAAACUUAACUGUCGAAGACACCAACAGCAUUAUUAACAAAACGUAAGUUAAGGCAUCAACGCCAAACGGCUGCCGUGUUUUAUGAUUUUAAUUGCUUUUAUACCCAGUGGUUUUCCACAACAAAUUUUUGAAUUUUUUGUUUGCAUAGUUUAGAUAUAUAAUGAAUUACAAUGUAUCGUGCUAUAAUUAUUUUUAUUUUAAUAUUAAACUAUUUGAUUACACUCGUGCAAUUAUUAGUGCAAUUUAGAUAUAUAAUGAAUUACAAUGUAUCGUGCUAUAAUUAUCUUUAUUUUAAUAUUAAACUAUUUGAUUACACUCGUGCAAUUAUUAGUGC